AUGUCAAUCCAAGGCAGCUCUUACCACGGUAGUGGUGGACCUUCAGUCAAGGAACGCGUCAAAGCCUUACACGACCACAGUGAGCUCUUCGAGACGAUCGCCACGUAUCCACAAGCUGCGAUUUACGAGACCUUUCCCGAACUUUUUGCGCUAGCUCUUUACUAUGUGCAAAGCGAAGUCCACCGAUGUAAAAGAGCCGUCGACUGCUACCGGCAGGAGAACAUGCAGCCUGGAGAAUCCACUGCCCAUGAAGCUGAUUAUAAACGGGUAAUGAUGGAUCUAGUCAGCUCUCUGCUACUUCUUGAACGCUUCGUCCAGGCUUCUCGGCAGAUGAGUUCGUCUACGCCGCCCACGAAGGCUUCCAUGGAUCUAUACCGCGUCAAGAGUCGUGUUGAAGAACCUGGUAGGCGCGGGGCAAACGGAGAAAUAUCGUCGAUGUAUGGCCAGGAGGGUGGGCCUGUACCACCCAAUGUGGCCACGGUCGAUGACGAAAACCUCUCGCCGAUGGCGCGAUUCAUAUGCGAAUGGCUCCUGAAUCCACUAGUCGACUAUAUCGUUGUGCCUCCUAGGGACCUUUUGUUGCAGCUGCCGACGUUCAGACGACGGUGUGCAGUUGAGGACAACAACAUUGACAGCCGGAGGGUCAGCGACAGGACGAUAGAAGCCGUCGCCGAGGCAUUUGUUUACGUAUCAGCCACACUGAUUUUGGUCGCCCCUAUCGCUACCUUCACUGUCGUCAAGGAACAGUCGCAAAGGCUCGUCAUCAUGCCGUUGUUCUGUCUGCUGCUAGCAGCAUCAGCACAGUUAAUGGGAUCCAGCGCAAAGCCUUCGUUCAUUCUGGUCAUCGCAUACUUUCAAGCAAUGGUGUUUUACAAUGCCAAACACUUAACGACACCACGAGUCAUACCCCUGGAAGUCAAACCACCACCACCAGCUAUCGUUCGAAAGCGUCAAUAUUUUACACCAGAGUAGUCACGAGGGAUUACGUAUCUCACUAUAAACAUAACAUUUUUUAUCCGCCCAUUUAUUAAUGCAGAUAGUAGCAGCUCUCAAACUAUUUCGAGGCGGCAUUACCAUAGCCGCAUCUUCAUCCUCGUAUAGAGAUGGCUUGCGACAACUCGUCGUCGCUGUUGUGAUUAUGAAUUGGUUUGAUCGUCUGGACCUUCGAACACACCUGGGCAGCUUCGACAUAUCGACGGUGCACAAAGCAUGCAUGCUGAGAGGGUAUUAUUUUCGGUGCACACAAUAUGAGCUUGCCUAUUCUGCUAGCAACCCGAUGCGCAAGGCUGGCUCCUGCUGUUUGCCUGG